GGCGCGCAGAAGGCGGGGGCCGCAUAACAACCCUGCACGGAGCCUCGGGGGCCAUAAAGAGCCCGCUUCACCUGCAGCGCACUCAGGUCGACCCGGUUCGUGGUCUGUUUCGCUUCCAUCGCUCUUGACAGCCAGAGGAUCCCUGUGAUUGGCUGAGCCCUCUCUCAGCACAACCCACCGCCGACUUCAGGGACUCUCGCUGACUCGGCUUCCUUCCUUGCUUUGAGUCUGGGACCUGUCCCCGGGGCGGAUCGGAGCAGAGCAGAGCACACGGAGCGCGCACCAUGGCAGCUACCACGCACAGCAGCGAGUACAGAGCCUACCUGCGGAACACCAUGGACAUCGAGGCGGGGCAGCAGCGCUUCCCGCCGGUUCCGAGCUCGGAGCCCACGUACCGAUCGCUGCUCAUCGGGACCCUGGCUGUUAUGGGAUUGCUUCAGGUGGCCUCCAGCGUCGCGAUCUUAUUGCACCUGACCGGCUACCUGCAAGAGGUAGAUCUGUCCCCGACUCCUCAUCAUCCCAUGGAGGAUAUGCAGACCGAACCAGUGCUGAAUGCCCUGAAAGACCCGAGAAAAAAAAGCCGGUGCAAACCUCCCAAAGAUGUCAUAACCCCAUCAGCUCAUCUACCAAUCAGAACGGCUCAGGAUUUCCCUAAGAAUGAUUACAGCGUGGUUAACAUCAAGUGGGAUGAGCAGCAUGGGAACCUCAACAAAAUGGGCUAUCAGGACGGAAACCUGCUGGUGUUGGAGUCAGGCAUCUACUACGUUUAUGCCAAAACCUGCUUCCGCUACUACAACAUUGGUGCAGAGGAGGUCCGUGAGGCCAGGACACGCGCUCAAGAUGUUAGCACUGCCCAGCUCAUCCAGUACGUCUACCACAAGAGCAUCAAACAGAACAGCAGGAAGGUGUUGCUGAUGAAGACAGGCAGCACCAAGCAGUGGAACAACAUGAGUUAUAACAUGUACUGCGCCCAGCAGAGCCGAGUAGUUCACCUGGUUGAGGGAGACGCCUUGUUUGUCGAAGUAUCUAAUGCCUGGAUGCUGGACCGAGAGGCGGAAGGGACGUACUUUGGGGCCAUAAAGUGGGGUAACUGAGACUGUGUCACAUGGGGAGCAAACAUGCUACUGAACAUUUUUGUGUCCGAUGGAACCACUUCUAGGGAUUUGUGAUGUUCAAAUGUUAAAACCGGUUUUGUAUUUGUUUACUCCACACGUGUGUUUGGUUAUGUGUCACGUUGCCCUUCAUCAAACAGCCUUGGAGUCUAUCAUCAGGUGAUCUAAAACAAAAGGGUAAAAACCUUUUUUUUUUUUUUUGAGAACGUACCUUUUUACUUUCCCACAGAGCUUUCUGAUUAAUCAUAAAUAGCACUGGAAUUUUAAAGGACAUUUUUAGUGUUGUGAUUUGUAUGCCAAUGUGUUUGGGUUCAGAUUACACCGAUGGGAGUACAGAGUACGUAAAGCAGAGAAGAAGGGAACUACAAAGGAAGGGAGUUUAUUGGCAGAAUGGACAGCGAGAAAGGAUUUAUCAGUGCUGGGUGUUGGAAAGUGUCCAGAAGAACUUGGAGGUAGACAGGGCAUCUGCUUGUGAGUUAUCAGAGGAUUAUCACAGCAGCAGCAAGCAAAAAAGGUUUUAGGUAGUUUGAACAAGGCAACUCAACAGUUCAGUGGGAAAUAAGAAGGCAAGUGAUGGUAUUCUUAUCUUGUGCUUACAAAGUUGUAACGAAAAAAGGGUUAGUCCACGUUUUUGAAGUGAGGUUUUGCAAAGUAAUCAUCAGUGAAGUGACGUCUUUCUACUGCAGGUAGAAGUACUGUUACUGAUAACUAUACACAGCCUUACCUCAAAACCAGAACCAGUGUGUCCUCCAAGGACUCACUCAAUUUUCUGUUGAAAGUUGCCAUCAACUGCAAGAACUUGACAAUGUCGUUGAAAUUAAAGACACCUGCUUGUUUUAAUUGUGACAACCAAGAAGCGAUGAAGAUAGCUGGACUGUCUGACCGUAAAGGACAUGAAUGGACUUUUGUCCUUAACAAGGGGAACCAAACUGAGUUUGGUUCAGCUUUUAACUUAAAUUUUAAUUUUUCAUUUAACUCAUCAAAGAGGUAAAUGGGAAUAUGCAUUUAAUAUUUAUUUAUUAGCUAUAGAGGUACAGGGACAGGUCAUUGUUACAGUGAUCUCUCAGCUGUAAAAGCAUGUACAUUUUAUGUCUGUCUGACAUUCAUUAUGCAGCACUUAAAGUUAACAUUAGACACACUUUCAUGUUUUUAAAACACAGGGGCUUUAUUUCAAAUUAUAUAUUUAUGUAUCUUAAUUUUUGACAAGUCUGUGUACAUGCCUAGCCAAAAGCAACAUGGAUAUAUUUGUUCUACAAUACUGUAGCAUACCUGUAAGAGCUUCAUUGAUAGAUUUUUUUUUUCCACAUCCCGUUUUAUUAUUUAUGUUUGUGUAUGUUUUUAAUAAAAACCUACUUUUGUAGGAG